GAUGGGGCAUUCCGGGAAACGGUGGGGCAGCGAGCAGCGGCGAUGGCGCGGGGGGCUCUGGCGCUCGGCGUGCUAGCGCUGCUUGGCCUGGGGGCGGCCGCUGAGUCCCCGAAGGUGGAAGUCUACGCCCGUUCACGCGCCGAGGAGGGAAAGGAGAACAUCCUCCACUGCUUCGUCGCUGGCUUUCACCCACCUAAGAUUGACAUCGAACUCCUGAAGAAUGGGAAUCCUAUUCCCGACGUCAAGUACGGGGACUUGUCCUUCAACGAGAAGUGGCAGUUCCAGCGCCUGGUCUAUGUGCCCUUCACCCCCACAAGGGGUGACACCUUCUCUUGCAGGGUGGCGCAUUCCACCAUGCCGGAGCCACGCAUUUACCGAUGGGAACCAGACUUCUGAGCUGUGUCUGGGAUAAUCCACGAUCUGGAACAUUCUUCUUGCAAGAGAGAGUCUUCGCAAGCUUCUGUCCAUUGUUCAUCAUAGCCACAAGACUGAUCAACUUCCUUUCAGAAAUUCACUAAUAAGCCUUGUUAACAAUAUCACUUAGGCACAGCAUCAAGGGAGCCCUGCAGGCUUUUUGAACAUGUUGCUAAAAAUGCCCCCAUUACUGCUUAAAAAACAAUGGUAACUCUUCGCUGCUCAAAAAUUUGCAGGAUUUUUAUACCUUAAUAAACUGCUACUCGUUAAAAUGUUU